AUGACCAAGCUCGCUAAGGGAGAUAUCCUUACCACCCCCGGUACCGGCUACAUUGGCUGCCUAACCCCCGAUCAGAAAAAGUCCCUGAAGGAAGUCUGGUCCAUCAUCUUUGACAUUGCCGACUCCGGCGAGGCCGUCCUGCCCGCAGACAUGAUGCACGAGGUCGAGAAAGAGGCCAAGACUGCCUCCGGCGUCAACACCGCCACUGCUCAGGCUGCCGCCAAGGCCGGUUGGUUCACUGGCAACAGGUCCGCCAAGGCUGAGGCCGAUGCCAAGGCUGCAGGUUAUGGCGCCGGUAUGGCCAAGAUCUCUCUUUCCGAUCUGGGAUUGAGUGUCGAUAAGUUGCGCCCCAUUCUCUGGGACAAUGCCAUGGGCGAUCACCCUGAUUCGCUGUUGCUGAGAUUCAUUCGUGCCCGCAAGUGGAACACUGUCAACGCCUUGAACAUGUUGUUCAAGGCCUUCAAGUGGCGUUUGGACGAGGACAUCCCUUCGAUCAAAUAUUCCUCUGACGGUACCCUCAAUGAGCAAAACCCCAAAUUCUUUGAGCAGCUCGAGAUGGGCAAGUUCUACAUUAACGGAACCGACAAGGACAACCGCAUCGUCGCCUACUUGAACGUUCGCCUCCACCACCCUGGCGACCAGCCAGCCAAGACACUCGAAAAGCUGACCAUCUAUGUUAUGGAGUGCGGUCGUGUUCUGCUCGAGCAUCCUGUCGAGACUGUCUGCUUGGUCUUUGACUUGACUGGAUUCGGACUGUCGAACAUGGACUUUAACAUGGUCAAGUACCUCGUCACCGUCUUUGAGGCCUACUACCCCGAAUCUCUCGGUCGCAUCAUCAUCCAUGGUGCGCCCUUUGUGUUCUGGGGAGUGUGGAAGGUCAUCGAGCCUUGGCUGGAUCCCGUCGUUGCCUCCAAGGUGUGCUUCACCCGUAAGGAUCAAGAUCUGUUGGAGUACAUUCCCGCCAAUCACUUGCCUACGCAUUACAAGGGUGGCCUCAACAAGUUUAAGUAUUCGUACCCCCACGCCAAGGCCGGAGAGAACAAGAGUAUGGAGGACACCGAGACCAAGGAGCGCCUUGUUGCCGAGUGGAAGGCAACAUUCUGGAAGUUUGAGGCCCUCACUCGUGAGUGGAUCAAGGUCGGCACCAAGGACGCGACGUCGACGAGGACUGAGGCUGAGAUUGAGGCCGAGCGUGAGCAGGUUGCCAAGGAUCUCCGAGUUGCGUUCUUCAAGAUGGACCCAUAUAUCCGUGCCAGGAAUAUGUUCCAUCGUUCCAACCCUCCAGUUGCCAGCACCGACGGCAGUGUGAACUGGGUGUACGACAACUAA